UAAUUGUGCUUAUGUUUAUGUGAUUAAGAAAAGUAGAGCCAACUUCAUGUUGUUUUUUUUUAAAGAAAGAGAUAAUACGCUUGUAUGUUGGUGAAAAGGGAGCGUAGUAAUUGUAAAUUAAUGUGUUAUUAUCGAGAGGCGGCUCAGAGAGUGGCUUUUCCUUUGAUUGGUUGAAUGUAAUGGCGUAAUGAUGAGUGCAUUUUAAAUAGCAGCUGAUUGACGUUAAUGGGGUAAACUGCAUCGGCAGUCUCGACGACUUCACGGCAUACUAAAUAAAUAAAGUGUAGUGUCAUUUGUUUCGAUGAUUAGCGUGUUUAUUAUAUGUUUUCAUAUAAUAAAACAUUUAUUUCACUCCUGACGAAACUAAUUGCCUCCGUUCACCGAUGUUCUCGAGUGCCAACUAGCUGCUCAGUGAAAAUGUGAAUUCCAGCGAGAAUUUCAGUGUUCCUUCAUCGCACUUUAAUCGGAUUUUCUGAAUGAUCAAAACAUGGGGGCGAAAGACUCGAAAAGGACGUGCCUCAGCUACGAGGAUGCCGUGAAACGAAUGAGUGAUGUCGAAUUCAAGAGGGUUUGUGAAGCAUUUAAGAGAUUGACUGGGGGUGGACAGUUGCUGAGUCGUCAUGCCUUCACACAAAAUGUCCUUGGUGAUGGGGUACCAGUGACCAUAGCAGAAUCUUUAUAUAUAGCUUGUGGUGGUGGCCCCAGAGGGAUUGCCCUCAGGGAUCUCAUCUGUGGAUUGGUUCUGCUCACAAAAGGCACAGAAGAUGAGAAAAUCAGAUUUCUGUGGACGCUUUACUCAAAUGAUUCAGGCACAUAUAUAUCAAGAACGGAUUUUCAAUCUGCCUUGCAGAUUGAAGGUUCCUUACCACCUAAUGGAUCAAGUGGUAAAAGCAAUUUAUCUUCAUGGGAUACCACUCUGAUCUCACUCUUUGGCGUUGGCCAAGAUCGAGUUGCUUUCGAUCAUUUCCGUGCAAGAAUUCUGUAUAACAAAGAGGCAACGAUUUUAUCAAAAUGGUUGCUAAGCACGUCAUGCGUAAGUUUAAGUUCCGAAUUGGAGACGCCCACCUUCUACCAAUCCUUAGCCGGUGUAACUCAUCUCGAGGAAUACGAUAUCUGCGAAUUGGAAAAGUGUUUUUGGUCUAUGCAAAGUUCUUCGCAUUCCGGGCAAUUGGAUGCCGUGUGCGUUAGUUCGUUAAUUAGUCCUCCAGUGCCAUCUAGUGCUUGUCCAGGAUUAUUUUUAGCUUUAGAUGUGAAUCGCGAUGGUCACAUUGAUUUCAAAGAAUUGUGCUGCGGUAUUUCUGCAGCUUGUAGAGGACCAACCGCUGAGCGCAUGAAAUUCUGCUUCAAGAUCUUCGAUAUGGACAGGGACAAUAAUUUGAACCCGGAAGAAUUUCAGCACAUGGUCGAAAUACUAGCGUUCGUCAUGGAAGAGAACAGGGAGGUUCUACGGUACGAAAGGGGCGGGACUUUGGAAAGGCGGAAACGUAAACAGUCUGUUGCCAGUGUGACCAGCCGCAAGGAGUUCAUCGACGAUUUGAAAAAUCGUCGAAACGCUCAGGGCAAUUUGAGUCAAGAGGAUUUCUUGGUUUGGUGUGUCGAGAACAACGAGUUGAUUGCACCGCUGCUCGAAUUGCUGUACCAAGUAUGUCACGUUGCGUUGGGCUUAAGGCCUGACUGUCGUCAUCAUGAAUAUGAAAUAGUGAUGGGAUGGUUGGAUCGCGAAGAGCAUCGGGGCUAUAUGGUAGGUCAAUUUUGGUAUUUGAUUUCAUCGGAUUGGUGGAAAUCCUGGCUGAAUUACACGACGUCUCAGCGAACAUGCUACGACCAAUGCAAUUGCAAGAGGAACCCAACUGUUUUGUCUGCUGCGAUUCCGCUUUUAGAGGAAGGGAUCGUGUGCGAUGAAAGCUUCACGAGCAACAGUACAGACUAUACAUCGAAUGAAUUUACUUCAAACAGUACAGAUUCGAUGGGAGAUUUAUUAAGUAGAGCCGAUAAUUGCAGCAUCGCUUCUAGUUCUGGUGUGUCUAGCAGUUGCUCUGGUACAAGUUCGGGGAAUAAACGAGGAAUGCCCGGACCUAUAGAUAAUUCCAGUUUGGUGGAAAUGCCGGAAAUUAUUAAUAACAAAGUCGCGACGUUGACGGGAGAAGGCGGCCGUUUAAAGCGUGAUACACCUUUGGUGCAAGAUCGAGACUUCGUUUUGAUCCCAGAUUCUUUAUGGAAAGCCUUGGCUUUGUGGUACGGAGGACCUUUGCCUUUACCGAGACAAGUUAUCAAACCACCAGGUAGCAAUGAGGUCGAACUAGAGCUGUACCCUUUGAAUUUGAAAAUUUUGAGACAUCAAAAUCAACAGGGAGUAGGAUCCGGAGGGCAGAACAAUUGGGGUACAAUUGUCGGAGGGUAUGGUGCAGCUGCCUUGUCAACAGCUGGAUUGUCGCCAGCAAGUUCUGCUGUUGCUGCUGCAGCACCUCGACGAUAUUUGACGCACACUGCUGCUUUUAGUCGAUUGGCGAACGUUCGUCAAGUUGUUGAUUUUCUUGCGGUUCGUCUGUCAUUGCGCGUCGAAGAUAUCAGAUUGUGGUUGGUUAAGGAAACUUCGAUACUCUUGGAAGAUGAGUUAUCAACGUUGCAGGAACUCGGUAUCGUAGAUUGCGAUCAAAUUUUACUAGAGGUCAGAAACAAAGAUUUGACGUGGCCCGAGGAAUUGGGAGCUCUCGCAAGUGGUGCUAACAAUCUUGCACUGCAAGUCACCGGCGAGAGACGACCUACAAUCACACUUCCUCCAGGUGCAACCGGUUUACACAAUUUGGGAAACACUUGUUUCAUGAAUGCUGCACUGCAAGCAGUUUCGAAUACUCGACCUUUAACGCAGUAUUUUCAGAGAAACGGGCAACUGUGCGAGUUGAAUAGCUCGAAUCCCUUGGGCACGAAAGGGCAGGUCGCACGUCGAUACGCUGAACUUUGCCGAGAGUUAUGGGCCGGAUCCACCCGAUCCGUGGCUCCCCUUAAAUUGCGUUGGUGUGUCACUAAGCAUGCCCCGCAUUUAGGUGGUGGUGGACAGCAUGAUUCUCAAGAGUUACUUGCUUGGCUGUUGGAUGCUCUUCACGAAGAUUUAAAUAGAGUUGCGAAAAAGCAAUAUACCGAGUUAAGAGAUUCAGAUGGAAGGCCAGACACGAUCGUGGCGGAUGAAGCCUGGCUUCAGCAUUUAGCCCGAGAUCACUCAAUAAUCACAGAUUUAUUUUACGGUCAAUUGAAAAGCAAAGUGAAAUGCGAGGUAUGCGGUCACGAAUCGGUGCGAUUCGAUGCGUUCAAUCUUCUAAGUUUGCCUUUGCCAAUGGAAAGUUUCAUUUUGUGCGAAGUGCUGGUGGUGAAGUUGAGCGGAGAAACGCCAAUCAAGUACGGAACCAGAUUGAAUUCCGAAGCUCGUUAUUCAGAGUUGAAAGCUGAGUUGGAGAUUCUGUGUGGUGUUCCGGCUGAGAGAAUUCUUUUGGCGGAAGUGGCGUACUCGCAAAUUCGUAACGUCUUAUUGGACGAAUCCAAAAUCAGCGUAUCCACUGCUACCGAAUUGUAUGCGUACGAGUUACCAAGGGCGCAUGAGAUCCAUCGACCAACGAUAGAAGUCCUCGAAGAAAAUGAAGUGGAAGUUCUGUCGGGCCAGAGUCCAUUGGCAAGAAGUCCUGAGGUAAGAAGCAGAUCGGCAUUAUGCAUGCCCAACAUACUAUGCUUUAAGAACGCGACUCGGGCAAAUAGCAUCGAUAUUACAACAGCGGCACGUCGUUUGUCCAAUGGCAUUCACUAUAAGCGUUCUUUAGUCCCGCAACAUUCCAAUGUUUAUACAGACACUCCAGCGAAGAGCCCCACGUAUUUGAUGGCCGUACACAGGAAGUGCGUGCAGCAGGAGACGUAUUUCCUAUCGCAACAUAAAUCGAAACCUAGCAUAUUCGGUGUUCCUUUACUAUUAGGCUGCAAUCCGGCGACGACUUGCAAGGGGUUGUACGAAGCUGUCUGGGAUCAAGUCAAUCGUCUUCUGAGCCCGAUGCCUCAGAGCGACCAGACCAAUCAUGCCACCGAUUGUGACGAUUCCUUAGGAUACGAAUUUCCUUUUACACUUAAGGCGGUACUGAAGGGCGGUCAAAUUUGCGCUUUGUGCCAUUGGACUCAAUUCUGUCGAGGUUGCAGAGUUCCUUUGAGUGAGGAGAUUCUAUUCGACGCGUGUAAAGCCGGAAGGAGUGUCAUGUGCAUUGCCAUCGAUUGGGAUCAAACGGCUCUUCAUUUGCGUUACCAAAGUACCCGGGAAAAAGUGUGGAUAGAGCACGAGUCUGUUGGGAUCUGCAGGAAGCUGCACACGGAACCCAUUGACCUGGACUAUUGCCUGAAAGCGUUCACGUCGGAGGAGCGUUUGGAAGCCAAAUACCACUGUUCGAAUUGCAAGGAACGGCAACCGGCAACGAAGAAGCUGCAAAUUUGGCGAUUGCCUCCUAUCCUGAUCGUGCAUUUGAAGCGUUUCGAUUUCUGCAAUAAUAAAUGGGUGAAAACCCAGAAGGCCGUGAACUUCCCGUUCAAGAAUUUCGAUCCUACCUCCUAUUUAGCGUCGGUACCUCAGGAAACCAUCAUUAGGCAUAUUCAGAUCAAGGAGGAGAGGAAAGAUAACUCUUGCGAGAUCGUGGAUGAGGAGAAGCUCGUCGAUUUCGAAGGCACCGAGAAGAAAAGGGAAAAACCGCUGGUCAAGAGGCGCGAACGUUUGGAAUCGACGAGUUUAACGAAAACGCCUAUAGUGGACGAAAAUUUGCAGGACUUCCAUCAGCAUAAAUUAAUCGACGGCCAGGAUCCGUUCGAUCUUAAGUAUCAACUGUAUGCUGUUGUGAGUCACUCAGGGAUGCUGAACGGUGGCCACUACAUAUCGUACGCCUGCAAUCCGAACGGAAGCUGGUACUGCUACAACGAUAGUUCGUGCAGGGAAUGCGUCUCGCAGAACUGCGAAUCCAAACAUGUGAAGCAGCAACAGCAGCACGUCGACGACAACAACAAGUAUUGUUCGUACAGCAAUGCUAGAACCCCAAAGAUAGACACCAGCUCUGCGUAUAUCCUCUUCUACGAACGCAGCGGAUUGGAUUACAGGCCGUACCUUCCACCCGAAGUGGUCGCGAACGGCGGAAACGUUGCUUACUUGCAGGAGGACGAACUCGAGGAGAACGAAUCGGAAAUGAGGAAGCAACUGUGCAAUCUGCAGUGAACAAAAAAAAA